GCUAUGCAAGGUCGCAAGUGAGCCGAACCAACUUUUCCAGUUGGUGAUCCACUUGACCAUUUCUCUCCCUCUCUCGCUCCCAAUCUCUCACCUCUUCCCCCACCACCCCCCCGCCGGCGGGCGCGGAGUUGUAUGCUGUUGGCAGAGAUAGGAAUCUAAUAAUGGAAAGCCCAGCAGAUGAGAAAGAUAUGAUCAAAGAGCCACUCUUGGGCACCCCCAAGGGCGGCUUCAGAACUUUGCCGUUCAUCAUAGCCAAUGAAGCAUUUGAAAGGGCGGCGAGUGUCGGGCUGCUGCCAAACAUGAUACUGUAUUUGACGAGAGACUACGGGAUGCCAACUCCCACUGCGGCCAACUUCCUCUUCCUCUGGUCAGCUGCUACCAAUUUCAUGCCGAUUCUUGGUGCUUUUCUCGCCGAUUCCUGCUUGGGUCGGUACCGGAUGAUCGGCUUUGGUUCCAUAGCUAGUUUCCUGGGAAUGGUUCUCUUGUGGUUAACAACCAUGACUCCACAAGCACAGAUUCCAUGCACCCUAGGUAGCAGCAGUUGUAACUUCCCGACUAGUUUCCAACUUCUGCUCUUGUAUUUCUCUUUUGGCCUCAUGGCUAUAGGAGCUGGUGGCAUACGAUCAUCCUCCUUAGCAUUUGGUGCCGAUCAAUUAGACAAGAGGGACAACAUGAGAAAUGCGGGCAUGUUAGGGAGCUUUUUCAGCUGGUACUAUGUUUCAACCUCGGUGGCAGCACUGAUUGCGGUGACUCUUAUUGUAUAUAUUCAAGAUACCAUGGGGUGGACCGUGGGUUUUGGAAUUCCAGCCUUGCUUAUGUUCUUCUCUGCUUUUUCAUUCUUCUUGGCUUCUCCAUUCUAUCUCAAGCUGAAGGCUACUAGAAGUCUGCUUACUGGGUUGGCUCAAGUUCUUGUAUCCUCUUACAGAAAUAGACACCUAAAAUUAUCAUCUCAGGCCACAGCUGAAAUGUACCAUCAAAUGAAGGGCUCAAUGCCCCUCAUGCCGAGUGAAAAACUAAGGUUUCUAAACAAAGCAUGCAUCAUUAGAAAUCCUCUACAAGACCUAACCCCAGAAGGAAAAGCUUCAGAGCCAUGGAGUCUUUGUACAGUAAAUCAAGUAGAAGAUCUCAAAGCACUAAUGAGGAUAAUCCCAUUAUGGUCAACUGGAAUCAUGAUGUCUGCAAUUUUCAGUCAAAACUCUUUUCCGGUUCUCCAAGCAGCCUCCAUGAAUCGACACGUAACUCCUAACUUCGAAAUUCCUGCCGGCUCCUUCAGCAUGUUUCUAAUUAUAUCUCUAACUAUUUGGAUUGCUCUGUAUGAUCUCGUAGUUCUCCCUCUAGCCUCAAAAAUCAGUGGAAAACCAGUUCGCCUUGGCGUGAAACAGAGAAUGGGAAUUGGGCUUGUUUUUUCUUGCAUGUCAGUGGCUGCACUUGCAGUUGUAGAGAGCAUUCGACGGGAACUUGCAAUUGAGGAAGGAUUUUCUGAUGAACCUGAGGCCGUGGUGAGCAUGUCAGCAAUGUGGCUGCUCCCUCGUUAUGUCUUUGCCGGCUUGGCCGAGGCUUUCAAUGCAAUUGGGCAAAAUGAGUUCUACUAUUCACAAUUGCCCAAAACCAUGUCUAGCAUUGCUGCCACUCUAUUUGGAGUGGGGAUGUCUGUUGGAAACUUGGUGGCUGGUUUCGUAAUGAGCACUGUUGAUGAUGUUACUAGAAAAGGAGGAGGUGAAAGUUGGGUUUCAAGCAACAUCAAUAAGGCUCAUUAUGAUUACUAUUAUUGGCUUCUUGCCGGUUUGGGCUCUAUUAAUCUCGUGUAUUUCCUUGUCUGUUGUAAGGCUUAUGGCUGUUGUGAAGUAGAAAGAUGUGUAGUUUCAGAUGGAGACGAACAUGAAUUGUAAAUUCAGUCUCUGCAUUAUCUUCUCGUCCCGUGCCAUUAAUUACCCAGUGUAUAUUAAAGGAAACAAAAGGGCAUGUGGAAAUAUAUCCUUUCUUAUUAGCUUAAACUUGGUGUGAUGCAAGUAGUGGGCUAAUUCCAAAAAGUACUGUAUGUUUGAGAGGAAUUUUAUUCCCAUAUGAAUGUGCUAUUAAUUUAAACAUGCAUUGAAGUA